AUGAUCAACGGACUAUUUGGAUGCUACUCCCAAUGGAUACCACAUCUAGAGGAAAAGAUCCAACAAUGGAGGACCAUGGUGAUGGACAAACCUAAGCCCGGAGAAUGCACAAAAGAAGAGGAAGCAGAACAAGUGAAAGCACAAUGGGAGCAACAGGACGACGAAACGCUGGACGAACUCAAGCAGGCUAUUGUCACCAGCCCAAUAUUGAAGCACCCCAAUCCAAAGAGACAAUUCUACUUGAAAACGGACUGGUCAAGCAAUGCCAUGGGAGCAGUCCUCCUACAAGCGAACACGACAGAAGAAGCAGAAGAGUCAAACAAAUCAAUGUCGAAACUCAGACUCAGACCCAUAGCAUUCAUAUCAACAAUAUGCAAGGGCAAAGAGCAAGACUACCAUUCCUUUGUGGGAGAGGCGGCGACAGGUUGA